UCAGUUACACUAGUUUGGUCUCCUUAUGUCUAUUCUCCAUGGUCAACUGUUUUUAUUUGAUAUUUUGUGGCCAAGAUUUGACACUACAAUGUGACUAUACACAAUUAAGUUGAUACUUUGAUAAAAGUCUCAAUUUUGAAGCUAUUGUACUAAUAAUCGUGUAGCGAAUAUAAAUAUUAUCAGUACAACGGAAAUACUACUUAAAGGGUUCGAAUGUUUGGAAUUUUUAUAAAUAAUCAGUUUUGUAUGCAUGUAUUUGAAGCAGCUUUAGUCUUUUUAUUAUUAAUAUUUGAAUUUUCCUUUGAUGCUACAAUGGAAAUCAAUCAAGAUUCAAGAAGUUAUGAAGAUGCUUGUUCAUCGGUUCGCAAUUUUUCUAAUUUAUGUUACAAGAUCUUGACUUUAGAGGAGGAAAAUUCAGCUUAUUCACCCUUAAGCUUGCAUUUAAUUUUAUCAUUGCUUUCGCAUGGAGCUAGAAAAGGAACGGCUAGUGUUUUAAAGACACGACUAUUCCAUCCGGAAACAGAUAUGCUGACUGGAUUUAAAUAUCUGAUUUCUUCGUUGAUUAACCUCACAGAUCUGGAAUUCAAUGUGGCUAACACGAUUUACAUUCAAGAUGAAAUACAAUUGAUCCCAGAAUUUGUAUUAACCAGCGCAGAAAUAUUUGGAGCUGAUGUUUCACAUGUUAAUUUUAAGGAAGCCUUAAAUACAGUCAAACAAAUCAACUCUUGGGUCGCUACGAAAACAGGGAAUAAAAUACAGGACAUAAUAACAUUAGAUGAUAUACACGAAGAUACUCGCAUUGUGAUCAUUAAUGCCAUAUACUUCAAAAGCUUCUGGCUAAACAAGUUCGAUGCUCACGUAACUACCACGCAAGAUUUUCGUAAUAUACAUAAUAAAGUGAAACACGUUUCCAUGAUGUUUAAGAGUUCGAACUUCUCUCAUGGUAUUUUAAAAGAAUUUAACACCAGGGUCCUAGAAAUUCCAUAUAAGAAUCAAGAUUUCAAAAUGAUGAUACUUUUACCAAAUGAUGUCGAUGGUUUACGAUCCUUGGAGCAGAAAUUAGAUUGGAAUGCAAUUUCAAAUGUUCACCUGCGUCGGUCCAAAGUGGAACUCUUUUUACCUAAAUUUAAAGUUGACGUUAAACUUGAUUUAAAGCCGUCUCUUGAAAAGAUGGGAAUGAGCACUAUAUUUCGAGAUGAGGCAGAUUUUAGUGGCAUAUCAAAAACCCCACUAAAGGUGAGCCAAGUUGUGCAGAAAGUUUUCAUUGAAGUUGAUGAGGAAGGCUCCGAAGCUGCAGUAGCGACAGGUGUUCAAAUGAGAUUACGCAGAUGCCUGAGCGAAGACCCUGAGGAGUUCAGGGUUGAUCGACCAUUUAUAUUUGUUAUUUAUUGUAAACCAGCUAACGUUCCUCUGUUUUUCGGUAGUGUGCGUGAUAUCGGCGUACCUGCUAAAAAGGAUGAAUUGUAACAAAACUAAGAAAUCAAGUAUUUAUGCACAAAUAUUUAUAACAGUAUUUAAAAUAUAUGUAAAAUAUUGUUAUAGUAUAUUUUUAUGCUUUUAAAAUUUUGCGCGCUCCGUUUAAUGUAUGAGUCCCGAAGAGUUUUAGGAAUAUAGAAUUGUAUGUUUUACUUAGUUUUUUCACACUGAAUGUAUAUUUUUAAUAAAGUACAUGCUAUUUUUAACGUAAA